AUUUUGUUUUCGACUUGAACGACAUAGACUUUGAUAGAAUAAUCUUCUAGCCUAGGCUCUUCAGCCGCGCUCCCAAUGAAACGUUCCGGUGAAGAAGCUGGUGCGGAUGCAAACAACGCGUCGCCAAAACCAAAACGGCGUAAAGCCAGCCAAGCAUGUGCUUCCUGCAGGCGACACAAAACGCGCUGCGAACUCCCCGAAGAUAUUGGUAGCAACUCCGACUGUCGUAUUCAAUUACGCUGUCAUCGUUGCAAAGUCCUUAACAUCGAGUGUUCGUUCCAGACAUCGAACAUCAUCCAUGUCAAAUCAAAGAUUAACAGCGCGUCGAUGUCUACGAUACUCCUUCCAGCAACUUUGGAUCCUUCCGAGGUAUCUACAUCAACACCUACAUCAACACAGGAAGCACCUCGGGAGGCUCCGCCUUCCGCGCCCGUAGCCAGCGCGAGAGAGCUCACGGUAGAAGACCUUCUCCCUAGCUCACAAAGCCCUAUGGGACCUAUACCAGUCCCAGGAAGUUUUGACUGGACUGCGGCACCUAUGCUAGCCAUCAGAGAGCUGGCGAACCAAAGAGAAUCGAAAACAACCCAAGCUCGCUCCAGUUCAUCAAGCAAUCAAUCUAGCGAUGAAUCUUUAUCCAGUAUCUUAACUAGCGCACAAAUUACGUGGUUAUUAGAAAUUUUCGAAAAACGGUACAUGCGUUGGGUGUCCCAGUCUCAAAUUAUAUCAGAACAAACCGGGAUUCUUGACUUGGUCCGCUGUACAGUUGCUUCGAGGCAUCUGGAUCCUAUAACCCAGGCCUCCGUGGCCCCUAGAUUAUAUCGAUUAACCGAGAAUAUUUUCCUCCAAAAGCUUUUUAACCCUAUUCCGUCAUUGGAAUCGAUCGGGGCACUCAUCAUUCUAUCUUUAUGGUCCCCAGUGCAUUGUCCGAACCAAGAUAGCCGAUUGCUAAUAGCUUCGGCCGUUAGUAUGAGCAUGAACUUCCGGCUGAAAGAAGCCUCCGCGCAUGCGGUCAGACUCCAAGAACAGGGUCUCCCAGAUUCUCAGGUUUAUGAAGAAGCCAUUCAGAGGUCUCGCCUGUGGAUUCUCCUUUCGAACACGGAAUCGAUGAUGUGCCUUGGCACCGGACGUGAGUCACUGUCCUCGCGGUCAGCUCUCGAUUAUAGAGUGCUGAGUGCUGGAUCCGUUGGGUCGGUUGAACAAGAAAGGGACCUGAGGAUCAAUAUCCAGGGAAAACUGAUGGAUCUCGCGGAAAAGGGUUACACAAUUACCUUGAAGGGUCCUCUAGGCGCCGAAAUUGAAUGCUUUUAUGUGGAAGUCCAGGAUGUUCUGACGCGAAUGGAUUGCCUGUACACGCCCAUGUCGCCUCUUCCCAUCGUGUCCCAGCAUGACUCGUUUGCAUUCCACAUGCUUUUGCUGCAGUACUACGGAUCUCGCUUACUUGUCACACAUCACGCACUCAGGGAAAUGCGUACGGUUAUCUCAGGCUCUAACGCCACCGCCGGCCAGUCCUGGUUACGUGCCCAGUACCACGGCACUUCCAUCGCGAUGUGCCUAGGACGAGAUAGUAUCAAAUCAGCGCAAUCCGUUCUCACCGUAGUGCAUUCGGUCGAUACCAACCUUCUGGUUGCCGCCCCUGACAGCAUUUUCACCAUCAUCUCGUUCGCAGCGACAUGGCUCAUCGUGGCCAAUGUUUCGAUGUAUCAGCUGAACUGUGCCCCGCUGGGCGUGGCAUGCGAUAGGUUAAUUUCUAUGACAGCGGAAUUGCUAUCGCGACUGGCGCUGGGACCUGAGCAUAUUCUCGCGAAGUAUGCGCAUAUCACUGCGACAUUGGUGGGUUUGUGGGAACGAAGGAGGCAGUCAUCGGACCCUAGCCCUCGGGAUCAAACAGAUUGCUCUAGUAUCACACCGCCCGAACCCCCCGCCGGAUUCGAAAAUAGUGCCUUGCCGUCUCCCGCGGAAUGGAGCAGUGCCCAUCUAUCAAACAAUCCCAACAUCUUUAUGGAUCCUGACUUUUGGUCGUCCUUCAUGGACAACCUAGACACGACCCAGUCUCCAUGGUCGUAGGUACAUGAUCCCCUUGUUAUCGUGGACGCAGGAGGCUUUGUAAGGUAAGACGCGAAUUCAUUGGGGUACGCGGGGUGUUUGUGAUAGAAGUAUAUUUAUGGC